AUGGCACUCGCCAUUCCCCCCCCCCCCCUCCUGCUUUCAAAGCUCGGAAUGAGGCGCAUUCCUCUGCUCCCCAUGCUACAUCAGAGUGCCGUUUGCGUCACGACCCUUCUGCAUCCUCUCACAAGCGUCGCCGCUCCCCCUCACUCUCCCUUCCUCCUUCUCCCUCCUCCAAAGAGCAACCCCCUCGUCGCCACCAUCGUACCUCUAACACGGCCACGCCACAUUCCUUUCCGACCUCCGCUGACAACGCACCUCCCAUUGUCUGUGCAUAUUGCCUUGGCCACCACCCUCAUGACCUCGCAUGUUGUCGUGCCCCCACCUUAUGGAAUGGGACCCCCACUCGUGCCCAACGAAACGCCAAGGGCCAUAUUAUCUACCCCAAUGGGGUCAAAAUCUACAUCAACUGGCAAUGUGCCGGUGGUUGCAAAGCCACCUCCCAUCCCCACAAGCACAAGUGCUCAGGGUGCGGUGGACAUGAUCACGGUGUGCAUGCGUGCAGUCUUGCACAGGCGCUCUAGCCCACUCACUCCCUACCACUCCAAGGCGUGGCUUCAUUUGCUUCGCUCCGCCUCGCUGCUGUCCAAAUACCCUCUGAUCCCACACAGUUUCCUCUGGAACCUUCAAACUCAUAUAGUAACACUUGUCGAAGCUAAGCGCAAGAAGUACUGCCUCGCUCUCAUCGCAUGGCAAGGCUCAUGCACACACGCGCUCCUCGAGGUACAGAAACUGCAUGGUAAGCUCCUACAUGCUUCCUCGGUAAUUCCCGCGGGCCGCGCGUACCUCACCGGCCUCGAGGCCAUGCUUUCCAUCUGCCAUGAUGAACCCUUCAAGCCUCGCACCCCUCCCUGA